GUCAAAGAUUGACUCAAAAGCUUUCUCAUAAUCUCACUAACAACAAUGGCUUCUAAAUCUAAAACCCUUCACUUCAUUCUAUUCCCUCUAAUGGCUCAAGGCCAUAUGAUCCCAAUGGUAGACAUAGCUCAAUCACUAGCCAAACGCAACAUCCUCGUUACCAUCAUCACCACUCCAAUCAACGCCAAACGAUUCGAACCCACCUUUUCAAAAGCCAAACAAUUAGGUCUCAAAAUCCAAAUCCAACUCCUCAAUUUCCCAUCUCAAGAAGCAGGAUUACCAGAAGGAUGCGAAAACAUAGACAUGCUUCCAUCUCUAGCAAAGGAAUGGUACAGUAAAUUCUUCACCGCCACAGCCAUGCUCAACGACCAAUUCGAAUCCACCAUUGAAAAACUCAAUCCCAAACCCAGUUGCAUAAUAUCUGAUAUGGGUUUUCCUUGGACAGUAAACAUAGCUCAAAAGUUCAGCAUUCCGAGAAUUAUCUUCCAUGGAACAUGUCUUUUCUCUUUAGUUUGUUUCAACAAAAUGAUCCUUCAUAGAGUUCGUGAAAGCGUUGAAUCUGAAUUCGAUGUUUUCGUUAUCCCUGAUUUACCUCAUAAAAUCGAGCUGACCAAAGCUCAACUCCCCGGUCCACCGCCUCCUCCUGACGCCAAUCUGACACCAGAAGCCCGGGAAGCAAUCUUCACAGAAUUCAUAAAGAGCGAAAAGGGUACAUAUGGGACAAUCGUCAAUUCGUUUACCGAAUUAGAACCGGAUUAUGUAACCGAGUACUCAAAAAUCAAAGGGGAUAAAGUCUGGUGCGUGGGUCCUGUUUCAAUUGGAAACAGAACAUCAUCAUCAACAGAGGAACACACCUGUCUGAAAUGGCUAGACUUACAGAACCCAGGUUCCGUUAUCUACGUUUGUUUAGGUUCGAUAUCCCGUUUGAAUACAGCCCAAAUGAUAGAACUCAGCCUGGGGAUAGAAGCUUCUAAGAGACCAUUCAUCUGGGUGGCAAGAACCCAAUCGAUUGAAUUCGAGGAAUGGAUGAUUGAACAAGGGUUUGAAGAAAGGAACAGGGAGAAUGGUUUAGUGAUUAAAGGAUGGGCGCCACAAGUGUCAAUACUAUCACAUAGUUCUGUUGGUGGAUUCUUUACUCAUUGCGGUUGGAAUUCGAUAUUGGAGGGUGUUUGUGCGGGUUUGGCUAUGAUAACUUGGCCUAUGUUUGCUGAACAGUUUCUUAAUGAGAAGUUGGUUGUGCAGGUUUUGGAGAUUGGAUUGAGUGUUGGUGUUAAGAUGGGGAUUAAAUGGGGAGAUGAAGAUAAAGUUGGGGUUUUGGUUGAAAAGGAGAUUGUUGAGAAGAGGAUAAAUGAGUUGAUGGAUGAAGGGGAGGAAGGAGAGAAGAGGAGAGAAAGAGCUAGGGAACUUGGGGAAAUGGCGAAGAAAGCUUUGGAUGAUGGUGGUUCUUCUCAUUUACAGAUGACUAAGUUCAUUGAAGAUAUAAUGGAAUAUGAUGAGAAGAAGAUGAACCAACCAAUUUGAGAAAGAAAGAAACAACUGAUUCCACCUCAUAAACAGAAUAUCUAGAAUUGAGACUAUGUCUCAUUGUAACAAUGUUUAUAUAUUUAUCAAUAUGGAAUAGUAUCUUUUGUUUAUGGGAUAUAUUAUGUAUGGCAAUGAUAUCCAAAAGAUAUGCAU